UAGCGGUAUACGCUUUACUUAUUCUGCUCGACCUAAUCCCACGUCGAUCCAUGAUCUAAUCGAUUACAUGUACCAUAUUUUAGAGGCUACCAUGGAUAUACCUGUCUGGUUAGGGAACCACCUCACGUUAUGUGUUACGUAAGAGUCAAUCCUAUCCGCAUCACGGAAUAUCUUUUCUUCGCAAUUUUUGGACAAAAGAAUACCGACGAUUUCUCAAUUUCGGCGAGGGAUAAGUUGCAACCAAAAUGGACGAUAUAUUUAUUUAAGAUAUCAUUCUCUCUCUACAUGCUUGUCACCGUUAUCAUCUUGAUCAAUCUUCUAAUUGCUAUGAUGAGUGACACUUAUCAAAGUAUCCAGUCGCAAAGUGAUAUAGAAUGGAAAUAUGGACUCAGUAAACUUAUACGUAAAAUGCAAAAAACACGAACUGCUCCCUCGCCAUUAAAUCUGUUCACCACGUGGAUAAUAUAUCUUGUAAAGAUGUGUAAGAAGAAAGCAAAUAAAAAGAAGAAAAUGAAUGUAAUGCAUGGUUUUAUGAAGAAACAUACACUUCCGAAAAGUUCAUUCUCUCAAGAUAAUAAAAUACUUUUAUUGGAUCGCAACAAGGUCAACGAUGGUUUCGCUCUACUACGUUCGAGUCCUUUUCAAAGCCAAUCAUCAUUAAAUCAAGCGUCAAAAAUAGAAAAUGUCGUCGAAUGGGACAUCGUUCGUCGGAAAUAUAGAAUGCGUUUUGGAGAUGAGAUAGAGAAACCGUCGGGAGAGGAUCACAUUGUCAAUGGAACGAUAUAAAUGAUCUUAAUUGUUUCGGAACAAGUAUUAAUUUCCAGUCAGUCCUGUACCACAAAUAUAGUCAUAUUUCUUAAAUAUAUACAUUUUUACCACCUUAUAGAUACGAGAAUAUAUUGAGAGUGAUAUAAAAAUCA